GUAUUUUUCUAUUUUUACUGAACUGCAACAUGUCGACAGUACCAACGGUUAAGCUGAAUAAUGGAUAUGAAAUGCCAGUCCUUGGACUUGGUACUUAUUUGAGCAAGGAUAACGAUGGAUACAACGCAGUAAAAAUCUCCUUAGAAAAUGGUUACCGUCACAUUGACACGGCAUAUUUUUAUCAAAAUGAAGACGAUGUAGGAAAAGCUGUAAACGAGAAAGUCACGUCGGGAGAAUUGAAGAGAGAAGAAAUAUUUGUGGUAACAAAGUUGUGGAAUAUUCAUCACGAUUCCAUCCAUGNAAAAAUGUCAUUAGCACCGACAAUCAAAUUAAACAAUGGUCAACAUAUGCCAGUCCUUGGUCUUGGGACUUAUUUAAGUACAAAUGACGAAGGUUACAACUCAACAAAGAUUGCACUUGAUAAUGGUUACCGUCACAUUGACACGGCAUAUUUUUAUCAAAAUGAAAAUGAAAUCGGUAGAGCUAUAAACGAGAAAGUCACGUCGGGAGAAUUGAAGAGAGAAGAAAUAUUUGUGGUAACAAAGUUGUGGAAUAUUCAUCACGAUUCCAUCCAUGUUGAAGCUGCAUGUCGUAAGAGUCUUAAAAACCUGGGAUUGGACUACAUCGACUUAUAUUUGAUCCACACGCCAAUGGGACUUGAAUACAGAGAACCAGAAGAAUUGUUGCCAAAAGAUAAAGACGGAAAUUUGGCGUUUUCUGAUGUUGAUUAUCUUGACACAUGGAAAGCAAUGGAGAAACUUGUUGAUUUAGGACUCGUGAAAUCGAUUGGAGUUAGCAACUUUAACAGUGAACAAAUCGCAAGAAUUCUUGAAAAUUGUCGCAUCAAGCCGGUCACAAACCAAGUCGAAUGUUCACCAAGUUUAAAUCAAAAGAAAUUGAUUGAAUUCUGUAAGGAACGUGAAAUCGUCAUCACAGCUUUUUCACCUUUAACAAGACCACAUCGUUAUGAAAAUGAUAAAUCUUUGCCUAAACCUGCACUUCUUGAUCCAAAAGUCGAAGAAAUUGGAAGGAAAUACAACAAAACACCAGCACAAGUUGUUCUUCGUUAUCUCAUUCAAAUCGGAACAAUUCCAAUCCCAAAAUCAUCUAACGAAGGUCGAAUCAAGCAAAAUAUUGACAUCUUUGAUUUUGAGUUGACCUCGGAAGACAUGACAAUCAUGGAUUCAUUCAACACUGGUCAAAGAUCGGUCCCAUUUGCUGUGUCAACCAAACAUAAAUAUUUCAUGUUCAACAUUGAAUUCUAA